AUUAAAUACUUUAAAUGCAGAUGUGGCCAAUGCUACUGUUUUAUUCUAAUAAUUAAUAAUAUAUUUACUUUGUUUGCCUAAUUUUUAACAAAACCAUGGUGAACCAAAAUGUUCUACAGGAUUAUUCCGAGUCAAUCAAGAGAUUUCGUCAACAAUGUUUGAAUUCUGGAAUAAGUGAAGAAGAAUUCAGGAACAUAUACAUUGAGACCCUUCAAGAACUGGAUAAUAAACAACGCAGAGAAUCCAAUAACGAAAGAAUCAAAACAAAAUACAAAGUUUUACUCUUUUUAACAAUCGUGUUAGCUUGCUGUGCUUAUCAUUACCAAAUAAUAUACAGCUGUAUUGUUUGUCACUUACAAGAAUACAUUUAUCCUGGCUUGAGAUUGUUUAGAAAAAUUGCAAUACCAUUUAUAUCACUAUUCCCGUCUCUUACUGAUUUAUACCAUGAAACAUGCCUGAUACAAAACCCUUUCUUUACUGUGGUGGACAUGGAUUGCUGGCCGUGUAGCUCAGUCAAUAAUGUAAGAGAGAUGAUAAACCCAACACCUAACAACCAACAAAACGCUCCUUUCAUUUAUGAGACAGAUCAACAAGUUAUAAAUUUUCACAUGCUAACAGAAAUAUUCAAUGUAAAUAAAGUAACAUUUGAAAGAGAAUCACCAAAGAUUCAUGUUGACAACAAAUAUUAUAUUACACCUACUGAAAUGUUUACAAAAAAUCAUAUAGGGGAAAGCACAUUUUAUGUCUGGAAAUUCAACAAUAUGCAUGCAGCAAGAAUAUUGCGACAAUUUAUUCCCAGGCCAAAGGUAGUACCUAAGUUUGGACAGAGUACUGAAAGAUUUAUUAUUAUUGACUCAAGUCAACAUUUAUCCAAAGUUCCUGAUACUGAAUGUAAUUUUUCAUUUCUACUUGCACUGAGUGGAAGCAGAAUAAUUAACUUAAAACCCGCUGAAGAGUGCAAGCAUCAGUGUAAAUCUUUGAAAGUCGAACUGAAGGAACAAUACUUAUUAUGGUACAACUGGUGGUAUUGGAGACCUAUUAUACAACCAUCUCAUAGCAAUGACACAUUUAUUGGCCAUGUUGGAUCAUAUUGUUAAAAAAAUAAGAAAAAA